UGCUCGAGCCUCGUCUGUGGCUCGCCGUCACCGAUCAUAUCAGCGACAAAUGUCCGCCAAAAGGCCUCCCUACCGCAAGUAUCUGCAUAUGGAUCAACAAGCGCUCCGAAACCGAGGCUUGCCUCAUCCUAUUCUUGAAUGGCGGUGUUUUGCUGCUGUGCUUUGUUGAAUGCAGAUGCGUCGAUUUGGAAACCAACAGAGGCUCGUAGAGAUCGUGAAGCGUAUCGCGAAGGAAGCCCCUCAAAAAAAAACUAUCUGUGCGCUGUUAUAGGGGGGUCAGUGGGAUCGUUUUUCGCCGGAACGAUAAUUGCGGGUUUGCUGGGACUGUAUGUUGCUGAGAGGCGACUGAGGAAACAAUCUCAGGUGGCGCGCAGUAAUACUGCAGCGCAUGUCGGCGCCAAGACCGAAUGGCGUACGGAAUUGCAAGCAACUCAAGCAAGCGUGGCGACACCAGCACCGGGACAGAUUGGAAUGGGACCUCCAAAAUAUGAGAUGGAGGGGCGAGAGGUUUUUGAGACACCUUGAAAUCUUGGAGCUUUGGUUGAGGUUGAAUUCCAGUAAUCUGCAUAUACACUAGAAAUUUGCAGCCUGCGCAUUUUCUUGCCAUGGCGGAACAAUGAAGUAGAAAAAGCCAUG